AUGUUUCAAACAAAUCAACUGAAAUUGCAUAGCUCUUCGGCGCCGAGCAUGGAUUCACAGCAAGAAGAACAAUCAAGACCGAUUCAACCAAACAUAGACCAAGAGAAAUUGCAACAGGCUAUUAUGUCUUUCAAACAGCAAAGUCCAUUGUUCCAAGCCCAGAUGCAAAACAAUAUGCAAAGGCCCCAACAUUAUCCAAGUCCUUUGCCUUUGUAUCAUCACAGCCCAUGGGGCGCUCCUCUAUAUGCACCACAACCAUGGUCAGGACCUAUUCCAGCUCCAUUCGCAAGUCCAUACUCAGCUCAACCGAUUCCUGGACCCCAGUACUACCCGCAGGCAUAUUAUCCAGGAGCCGGCAGGAUCUCGCGCGAUAUGGACUACCGCGAUAGACAACACGAAGUUUUAGCGGCGUCCCGGGUUGCGCAAUCGGCUGCCGUCAGCGCAGGAGCACAUAAUAUUACUUGUGUCAUGCAAGAAUUGGGCUACUUGGACGAAAACUUGGAACCAAAUGUUGAAAAGAUUGCACGUCGCAUAUCUGGACUGCCUGUGCACAGAGACUUGAAGGAAGACAUGUUGGAAGGACUCGACUACUGUCAGAAAUUCUCGGUAAUAAUAAUAAGAAAUAUUUGUAAAUAG